GGGUUGGGUUGCCGUGCCGAUUGGCUGCUGUUCAUAGACAUACAGUCACGGGCUUGCAACAGAACCAGGGGCAGGUCGACAGCAAGGAAACCAUAAUCAUUGAAAAUGAAAAGUACAACGUCCGUAUCGUAACCCAAGAGGUACGUUGUGACUCAGACAUCGCGCACUGGACAGGUUCCUCUCUGUGUUCUCUGGCCUACUACUGCAGCUGCGGCUGGGAUUUUCUUGAUCCACUUUCACAAUUUGAAAAAAAAGGUCAUUUCACGCGCACAAACGAAGAGUUUUCAAUAUCAGUGACAUUGGCCAACAUGUAAAUGGUGCCUGAUCCACUUGAAAGUACAUGGAAAACAUCACCAACCAGCAGACAGACACUUGGCUUUAACACUGGCCCUUCUUGUCUCAUCUGUCUAAGGGUUAAAGUCUAAGAGCAAAAGCUUACUCACUUAACGUCCGUAGAGAAGCCUUAACGAUCUGACCUUUGGGAUUUAGGACCUGCCUCUGCCUGACAGGGACCCACAAGGCUUAUGGGACAGUGCACACACAAGAAACUCAGAUGGGGGCGUGGUAGCCAGACUGAGUUGUUGACACGUCUGUCUAAAAAUGGAUGCAGCUUUGACUGACAGCUGCACGUCCCCACCCAGUCCUGAUUUUAGUCUGGACUCAUCCAGUCCGUUUGCAAAUGGACUGCACUUUGAGUCAAUUCUGUUUGAAGAUGAGGACGAGGAUGAAGUUAUGGAUCCAGAGACUGGAUCUCAGCUGGAAAGAGCCUUGUGUGGCUCAACAAAAUUGGAUGUCAAGCCUAAAAGCAAAAUUUCAAAGGGUCGCUCAUUUCUGGGGCAAGAAGCUGUAUUUGAAGACAAGUCUACAAGUGAUUGUGGGCUUUCUUCUCUUGUGAGCAGGCCUGCUGGGAUUAUAAUGACAAAAAAAAUGAAAACAAAGGCUCUACCACCAGUGAAAUAUUUGGAGGGUGAAGUAAUAUGGGCUAAAUUCAACCGUAGACCAUGGUGGCCAUGUCAGGUGACUGUUCACCCAGUUGAGGGAGUUUACCACAGAAUUAAAGAGCCACCAGAUAGGACCAAUCGGCAGUAUUUCCUCAAGACAUUUGGGGAACCUGAAGAACAGGCGUGGGUCCCUGAGCGAUCUACUCAUAUAUUUGUGGGUGGAUAUCAAUUUAACAAUCUCCCAAUGGUGAGAGGAAACGGACGCCAACAAGACGAAAACUCCAGACAUUCUAUACCCAAGCGGUUUCUGAACUCUUGGAGAGCUAGUGUGGUUGAAGCAGAGGCACUUCUCCUGGAGAAGCCAAGGGUCACCACUCUCUGCUCAGACUUCACCAAAACAAUCACUGAAGGAACUACAAAUAAUACAGAAAACAAAGUGUCUGUGCCUGUGGAAUUACCCAACAUUAGUCCUCUGACCAAUGGAACAGUUGCACAAAAAGACCACAUGAACACCUUACCACAUAAUCAGGGGUCUAAAAACCAAAAGAAACAGAGAAAGUCUUCAACACAUUUUAAAAAAUCAGAGGAAUUUCAUUGUGAGAAGGAUAAGAUUAUGGAAGCUUUGGACAGUCCCUACUCUGACAUUGAUUCUGUACCACAGAUCCGCAGAUGUCCCAAAAGCACUGAGCAAAUUUCGAAGCACUCUGCUGUUAAUCAAUCAAACUCAACCUCAAGUCAACUUCCCAUUACAAAUGACAAAGAAGUAAAGAAGAACAUGGAGAACCAGGGUGGCCUUUGGUUUAGCAAAGCAGGGAAAGGUCAGGUCAACGGGGGACUUAGUCGUGCUGGAAUUAAAUCUGUGAACUGUUCUUUCGGGAAGGUAUCUUGUAAAAUUAAGAUGCCAGAUUCCAUAAGCAUGAAACCCAAAGACAAACACAUCACUGGACUUGAACAUCUAUCUACUGAAGCCAAGAAAGCUCUCAAUAGGAGAGUGAAGUGCCUUCCAGCAAGUAGUCGCCUGAUGACAAGAGCACUGAAGGCGAUGGAGGAGGCAGAGUGGAUGAAGAAACAACUGAUAAACCAAGAGUCAGCAUCAAAGGUCGAAACAGAAAAUUGUGUGUCUUCUUCUGACGUUACGAUGCCAGAAACAACAGAUGUAGACAACCAUAUCCCUUCACAGAAGAUGUCAACUACAGCAAGCUGCGAUCUGAAAGAGGACUCAAAAAGUAACAUACGCACCCAGCUAUCAUCGGAUCUUCUGAGUUUUAAAGACGAUGCAAAUUUUGUCAAAUCUGAAGAUGAAGCUUCUUUGAUAUCUCAAGCACCUGUUGCCUUUUAUUCAUCCAAAUACAAGCAAGAGAGUCAUGCUUCUGAUUCAUCUUCUAGUUCUACUCCAUCUUUGCGCUUAAAGAUGGAAGAUGUGGAGAACAUGAAAGAAAUAACCUUCAAAUCACUAACAAAUGAUCACAGUGGCCAGCCUUUGUCAUUUCAUCCUGAUGCAAACUAUAAGUUUAGCACAUUUCUAAUGAUGCUCAAGGAUAUGCAUGAUAGCCGGGAUAAAGAUGGAACCGCAUUGGUAAUAGAACCGUUACCCAUAAAUGAACUUAUUAAAGAGGAGCCAUCACUGAUUCUGGAUGUAAAGGAUGAGAUGACCACAGUAAACACCGUGGAUACACAAAAAUGUCAACUGGGCAAAACUGCAUCAAAACAGAAGAUGAAACUGAAAUCUGGGACAAAUAUGAUCCCAGAAAUUCAGCUUACCUCUUCUGUGUCAAAAAAUGCUCAAAGACCUAGCAAAAAAAAUUGUUUGAAAAAGAAAACCACUGAGAUCGCAGCAAACAUCCACUUGAAAGAUACAUUUGACAAACUUCACCUGCCCUCAGAAGAACCAGACUCCAAGUUCUCGGCUAAUGUGCCCAAAAAGCGUUGGCAAAAGUUUGGCCAAGUCAGUAACAAAGCAUUACAUGUAGUCAAAGGUACUUGUAUUAAAAAAACAGAACAAUUACCCUCAGAAAAUUGUGAUGUUUUGGUGGGUAAUACAAUUAAGUCUUGUCCUUUUGCGCCUGGGAAGGAAACUACCAUCAAUGCAUCUGAAAAUACUCAAGGCAACUCUCAAAAAAAUGACAUCACAACAGAAUGCAAACGUAUUAGAAAACCUAGCAAAAGACUCAUAGAAUGGACAGAGGAAUAUGAUCAAUUGUUUUCUACUAAGAAGAAAGCAAAAAAGAAACCUGAGUCCUUUACUAAGGUUGAAAACAACAACUGCAGUGGCCCAGUGGAGAAAACAUCUGGCGAAAGUAUACAGAAACCUCAGGUGACAGAACAAUGUGUGUCAAGACCCAUGCCAGAAUUGCAGACUCCUCCUCCAGAAGACCUGUCUCGGAGCACUCCUUCAAUAAAUACCACGCCAUGUCAAGAGAGACAGGUGUUGUCUGUAGACACGCUAACUCCACUUCCAGAAACAAUCCCAUCCCCAUGUGGUGAAAUUUGUCAUAAGGAGGAGCUUCAAGGACAAAAUGCUUUAGCCACUGGUGAUGGUGUGUGUCUAAGCACAAAGAGACAACGGAAACCCUCCAAAAAGAUUCUAGAAAGCUCCAUUGAAGCUGAACCAAUUAUUGUGCCUAAAAGAAAGGUGAAGUCCCAGAAGAUUUGCUCAUCUGGACAAUCUACAAAUUCAGAUGAAGGAAUGGGACAACAAACAUCGAAAAGUAAGAACAAGCUAUUUUUUGAGCCAAUCGACUCAACAACUGCCCCAAUCCUCAAAAGCACAGAGAUGGAGACAGAAGUUGCCCCUGAAAUGCCUGAUGCAGUUAACCCAGAAUCAGCUGAGGAUGGUUCAGACAAUCUCAAAUGCUCAGGUUCAGAGAUGGUUGAAUCUAGUUAUGGCUUGUGUUCUGAAGAAGAAAAUUCAAAAUCCCAUGAAGGAGUCUCGGAUAAAAGGCUCUCAGGGGAGAAAGGUGGCAACACUUUACUCAAGGAGAAUGUGUGCCAGGCAUGUGAGAAGCAGGGAAAUCUCCUUCUGUGCGAAGGGCAAUGCUAUGGGGCGUUCCAUCGACAAUGCACUGGCCUGAACGAGCCUCCUGCAGGGAAAUUUUUAUGUCAGGAGUGCACGUCUGGUAUACACUCAUGCUUUUCUUGUAAGAGCCUGGCUGAGGACGUCAGGCGCUGUAUGCUUCCAGGAUGUGGGAAGUUCUACCAUGGGGAGUGUGCUGCCAGCCAUGCACCCACAGUACCUCUGAACCGGGCUUUUCGUUGCCCUCUCCACGCCUGCCUGUCGUGUUUCAUCACAAACCCUACUAAUCCAUCUGUAUCUAAAGGCCAGCUAACCCGCUGUAUCAGAUGCCCUGUGGCAUAUCAUGCCAACGAUUACUGCAUACCUGCUGGGAGUGUCACACUCACCGACAGCAACAUAGUGUGUCCCAAUCACUUCACACCAAGAAAAGGCUGCCGCAACCACGAGCAUGUCAACGUCAGCUGGUGCUUCGUCUGCUCAGAAGGAGGUAGUCUGCUGUGUUGUGAGUCAUGUCCUGCGGCGUUUCACAGAGAGUGUCUGAACAUCGACAUGCCAGAAGGCAGCUGGUACUGCAACGACUGUCGUGCUGGAAAGAAACUGCACUACAAGGAGGUAGUGUGGGUGAAAGUUGGCCGCUACAGAUGGUGGCCAGCAGAGGUUAGCAAUCCCAAAGACAUUCCAGAGAAUAUCCUACGCAUGAGACAUGAUGUCGGAGAGUUCCCGGUUCUUUUCUUUGGCUCUAAUGACUACCUGUGGACUUACCAAGCCCGUGUUUUUCCUUACAUGGAGGGUGAUGCCAACAGUAAAGAGAAAAUGGGAAAGGGAGUUGACUCUACCUAUAAGAAAGCACUGGAAGAAGCUGCAGUAAGGUUCAAAGAACUGCAGGCUGAGCAAGAACUGCGGCAGCUGCAGGAAGACCGACUAAAUGACAAGAAACCUCCACCAUACAAACAUAUUAAGGUGAACAAACCGAUUGGCAAAGUGCUGAUCAUUUCAGCAGACCUUUCAGAGAUUCCACGCUGCAACUGCAAAGCGACGGACGAGAACCCCUGUGGUAUGGACUCAGAGUGCAUCAACCGAAUGCUGCUGUACGAGUGUCACCCACAGGUGUGUCCCGCAGGUGAGCGCUGCCAGAACCAGUGCUUCACCAAACGACAGUUCUGCCAGGUGGAGAUCUUCAGAACGCUGUCUCGAGGCUGGGGGCUGCGCUGUGUGCACGACAUCAAAAAGGGAGGAUUUGUUAACGAAUAUGUUGGAGAGGUGAUUGAUGAGGAAGAAUGUCGUGCCCGGAUUAAACAUGCUCAGGAGAACAAUAUCGGCAAUUUCUACAUGCUUACAUUGGACAAGGAUCGAAUUAUUGAUGCCGGGCCCAAGGGAAAUGAAGCCCGUUUUAUGAACCACAGUUGUCAGCCAAACUGCGAGACGCAAAAAUGGACAGUCAACGGAGACACACGUGUUGGGCUUUUUGCGCUUACAGAUAUCCCUGCUGGCACUGAGUUAACAUUCAACUAUAACCUUGAGUGUCUGGGCAAUGGGAAGACAGUGUGCAAGUGUGGUGCAUCUAAUUGCAGUGGAUUCCUGGGAGUGAGGCCAAAAAACAACCCCCCAUCAGAUGAUAAAGGCCGUAAGCUGAAGAAGAAGUCUCAGAUGAAGCGUAAAUCCCAGCAGGAAGUAAUCAAGGAGCGGGAAGAUGAGUGCUUUAGCUGUGGAGAUGGAGGACAGGUUGUGUCCUGCAAGAGGCCAGGCUGUCCUAAGGUUUACCACGCCGACUGCCUCAAUCUCACCAAGAGACCCGCAGGCCGUUGGGAGUGUCCUUGGCAUCAGUGUGACUUGUGUGGACAGGAAGCAGCUUCCUUCUGUGAGAUGUGCCCUAGCUCCUAUUGCGUCAAACAUCGAGAUGGCAUGCUUUUUAUAUCCAAACUGGAUGGGCGCUUGUCAUGCAGCGAGCAUGACCCCUGCGGCCCCGAGCCCCUGGAGCCUGGCGAGAUCCGGGAAUACCCCCCGGAACUCAAGACAACAUACCCUAUAAACUUCAUCAGAGCUGCCAAAACCAAAUCCACAACCCUAAACACUACAGCUGUCCCGCAGGCUCCAUCUCCCCCUGAUGCAGCCCCUCAGGUCUCCUUUAGCCCCUCCGGCAGCCCUCCACCACUUGACAUGCCUUUAAACUGUGCAUAUUCAUCAAUUUCUCCCUGUGGAGAAGAAAAAGCAGAAGAGGAAGAACGUUUGAUACAAUUAGAAAGGGAUGGUGAGAAGAGCAUAACUCAAGAGAAUUCGGAACGAUUGAUGAUAAAGAAGAAAACCGAAGUAUGAAGGUUCAAUUUAUAGAAGCAAACUAACCUGAGUUGACAUUUGCCAACAGACAUUUAUAGCCAUGUUCUUGUUUUCUCGCACUACUUUCGCUGAGGGUAUCUGGUGUACUUCAACUUUUCACUACAACAUACUUGAAGAUGGUACACAAAAUGGUUUGCAUCUCCGUCAGUAAUCUCUUUGAUGAAGAGGACACAGAUUGACGAAGUUGCCACAAUGUUUUCGAAAAAAUGAUUCAAACACUGAACAGAACCCACUUUAUACGACGUCAUGGGAUAUCAGAUUGUAGCCAAUAUUACAUUUUGGGGACUGUGAAGAAUGUUGGACAUCCCCAAAAAAGCAACAAUGAAGAGAAUGAAGAUACAGUAUUUAGGGAAGGGAGUAUUUUUUCCUUGGAAAUUCCAUUGCCUUCUUCAUUAGGUCAAAUAAUAAUGACUAUAAACUCAUUUACCAAAACUAAUUUGUGCUGUAUAUUUGCUCUGUGAGCAAAUGGUACAGAAUGUAAUCUUAGGGUAAAUUUUACUAUUGAGUAAGUGGUUCAUAAACACUGCCUGGCCAAAAAAACAAAGUUACUGAAUACUGAAGAGUCUAGGAUUGGAUAAUUAUUGCUGUGAUGUUUCUGGCAUGUUAUAUGUUUGGCAACAAUUCUUUUAACCCUAACUGAUGCACUGCAUAGCUUUUUAUUUCUUAAACAACUAUGUCAAAAGACGUACCCAUGUCCAUAUUUCUGGAUGACAAAGUUCAAUAGGCCCAAAUUGUGAAAGAUUGGCCACCAUAGAGUCCUGAGGGGGAAGAAUUGUUGCUAAACAUAUAGCAUACCAGAAACAUUAAUCACUGAAAUAAUAAUACAAUUCUAAGUAUAAAUCCAGACAGUGACUUUUCUUUGGCCAGCCUCAAGUAUACUUCAGUUUUUACGCGAAGGCUAUAUGUGCGUGUCACGUAAAUUUCGUGAUCAGCAUAGUACACAUGCACUGUACAUGUGCAGACCAAUUUUUGUAAGUGUGUGUACUCUGUAUGCUCAGCUUGCACAUUACUAACUAUU